AGAUAAGGUAUGUCGUCCGCGGUAGCAGAAUCUGCAAAGAUUCCGCGUCCUGUUAUGAAAGGUCGUCAUGAAAAGCACUUGGCAAAAGGUAUCGCACUUUCUCUAGGAGCUGCCAGCAUCAGUGGCGCUCUUUUUGCUUACUACGGUAUCUACAAACAUCAUAUUUGGUGGAUGAAGUACUGGGGAAACUUUGACCACGAAGCUAGGAAAGAAAGAAUCUCUGUAAACGAGGAUGUGUAUUUCCAGAAGUGGGAGUACUGGUGGAGAACUGGAGAGUGGGUUGGUAACGGUCACGUGGUCCCUCCAGCACUCCCCCUCGGCACCGCCCUCGGAGCUCAUCCUCGGCUCAUCCGCAAGGAAUAAUGACCACAGCUACUUUUUGGUACAGGAUUGAGCCUGACAAGAGACUCUUAAUUGUAAAGUGACAGUACGGGAUCGGAACAUAAUUUAGGUUUUAAAAUUCGUGGUGUCAUCGGAGAUUGUACAUACGGUUAUCUUAGUUUCCCCACCUUUCGUUUCUAACUUAUUCAUCAAACUUCGUAUCUAGUUUAGAGAUAAUUUGAUUGUGAUCACAUCUAAAUUUGUUACCUCAGAUGUUUUAUUGAUUCAGAGAAUUAUAUAACUCGAUGUACUUCUCAAUCUGCCAAGAUACAAACAUCCACCCCCGCAGUACAAUUUCCUACAUAAAUGUGAACCCUCACUUAUCCUCUUAGCAUUGGUGUCCUAUAUACAAACUUAUGAUUUUCUUGUGCUGUGGCGAUAUUUAAUUCGUGCUGAUUCCGUCUAUCCUUACUCCCUUAUCUCAUCAGUAGAUAUGUCAGGAGUAGCGAUUGUGUCAGGAUGCCGUACCCCCAUAGGAGACUUCAACAAGUCCUUGAGCAGUAUUAGUCCGGCAGAGUUGGGAGGAAUUGCCAUAUCUGGUGCUCUGAGCAGAGCUCGAGUGGAGCCCACCGAGGUGGGCCUCUGUGUAAUGGGACAGGUCCUCUAUGCUGGUGAAGGACAGUGUCCGGCUCGUCAGGCAGCGGUGAGGGCUGGCAUUCCUCACAGUGUUCCCUCUUUUAACGUUAACAUGGUGUGUGGUAGCGGCAUGGUAGCUAUUGUCAACGCUCACAAUCAUAUUCUGCUCAAUCCUAACGAUAUCGUCGUGGCAGGAGGACAGGAAAGUAUGAGUAGAGCUCCUCAUUUAAUGCAAAUCAGAUCUCCUAAACCUAUGGGGAAUACUGAAUGUAAGGAUUCGAUGGUGCACGAUGCGUUGACCUGUCCUUUCAAUCAAUACCACAUGGGUAUUACUGCUGAGAAUGUUGCUGAAAAGUAUGAGAUUUCCAGACAUGAUCAGGACACGUUUGCUGCCUUAUCCCAAACCAGAGCAAACGAGGCAAUGAAUAACGGCAUCUUUUCUGAUGAGAUAGUUCCUGUCAAAAUCACGACUCGCAAGGCAACUACCAUGAUGGAAAAAGACGAGCACCCCAGAGAGACUACACUUGAUGGACUUAAAAAACUGAGACCCUGCUUUAAAACGGAUGGCACUGUUACCCCUGGGAACUGCUCCAGUAUUAAUGACGGAGGAUCGGCAUGUGUUCUUAUGUCACGUGAUCUGACGUCAUCACGUGGUGCGGAGACUCUGGGAUACAUCGUCUCCUCCGCCAUGGUGGGUUGUGAUCCCGCCUUCAUGGGAAUGGGACCUGUUCCUGCUGUGCGAGCUGCUAUUGAAAAGGCAGGUUGGCGACUGGAAGAUGUUGAUCUGUUUGAGAUAAACGAGGCGUUUGCUGCUCAAUCUGUAGCUGUUGUUAAAGAACUUGGAAUCCCUGUUACCAAAGUUAACAUCAACGGAGGUGCUAUUGCUUUAGGGCACCCCGUCGGAGUAUCUGGAAACAGGAUCGUGAUAACACUUCUGUACAGUCUAGCUAGAUUGGGACUAAAACGGGGCGUUGCUUCUCUGUGUAUCGGUGGGGGUAUGGGCAUUGCUCUAUGUUUGGAAAGAGAAGUGAACUAAUGCUUUUUGGACUGAAAUUAUACAACAGUUGAUAUUCAUAUAUAAAUAUAUUUGAGAAUUCAGAUUUUUGUUAGAUUUACAGAAUUAGAUAGUUUGGUUUUCUUUUACAUAAAUCUCUAGUAUAAAGGAGACCCUGGUCAUUAUGUUAAUAUUAUUAUAAAGAUUGAAGUUGUGGCAGAUGUUUUGGGGAGACCAUAUGUUCGUUCAGUAAUGAGUGCAUUUUUAACAAGGAUUCUGCAAUAUUCGUUCAAUAAGCAGUGCUUUUAUUUAUUUAUCGUUUUGUAGGGGUAUAAUUGAUUCAAUGUUUUCUGUUGGUAGAUUCUGUUCGAAUUUCAUCUACUUUAA